AUGUCGAAAACUCUCGUCCUCAUCACCGGCGGCAACAAUGGCCUAGGUUAUUUUGCGUGCCAGCAAAUGGCAGCAACAGGAAGAUACCACAUCCUGAUGGGAAGUAGAAAUCUGGACAAAGCCCAAAAAGCAAUCGAGUCCCUCGCGAAGGACACAUCUGUUUCAGUCGACACCAAGAAUAUUGAGCCCAUCAAAAUCGACAUCACCUCAGACGAAUCGAUCUACGCUGCCGCAAAGACAGUCCAGGAAAAGUAUGGGUAUCUCGACAUACUCAUGGCGAACGCUGGCAUUGUCGCCAAACAGAAAGAAGACUCAGACAGUCCCUCCCUGCGAACAUUGUAUCAGCAGCAAUACGACACGAACGUCUUCGGCACCGCAAUCACCGCAGAAGCCUUUCUGCCUCUUCUGCGAAAGUCCAAAGAUCCCAAGGGCAAACGGAUAGCCUUCACCUCCUCUGGCCUCUCAUCGCUCAAAAUCGCUCGGGAAUCUGAAGGUCAAUACAGCGCUAAGAAUUUUGUCAUCUAUCGAAGCACCAAGACCGCAUUGAACAUGGUUAUGCUCAGCUAUGCGAAGCUGCUGGAUGAGGAAGGCUUUGUGGUUUCGGCGUCUGAUCCAGGGUAUUGUGCCACCGAUUUCAACGGACACAGAGGGAUCAAGGAUCCUCGAGAGGGGGCAAAAGCGUUGAUCAGAGCGGCGACUGACUCGAAGGAGAAGGUGCACGGGUGGUUGGUGACUGAAGAUGAGAUACUGCCUUGGUAG